UCUAUUUUCGAAGUUUAUUUUUCACAUAUUGUCAGCCACAAACCACUGAUGGAGAUGUAUAGCUCCAAACAAAAUCAGCCUUCAUGGUCCAGAGUCUCACGGCAACCGUGUCCGUCCGCGCGCGCUCCUGCUCCACAACUGCAAAAGAUUCCGCUUCCACCGCCCACCACCGGAGCUCAAGAUUCCACAUGAUCGUGUGGUCGACACUCGACAACGCACUCCGUCACUCCUACGAUGAAUAUACCGCCAUGGGGAUUCCCUCCAGUCCGCAGCUCUAGCUCACAAACACCCAAGAAACCUCCCCGAUGCAAGGCGCCAUCACGCGCGCCCGCUUGCAGCACCGCCCAGCUAGAUUCCACCGCGCCCCGUACCGGUGCAUCCCAGUGACGACCACGACAUGCUUGCCGGAAAGGAGAGUCCAUCGCGGCGGCGGCGUCCAGUGGUGCGGCAGUAGUGCAGCCACCGGCGAGAGGGCCCGGGCCGUCUCCGAGGUGAGAGCGGCGGGAGCGCGCGGCGGCGACGCGCGGCCGCCGCCUCAGGGGGAGGGAGAUGUGGCGGCGGGCGUGGCAGAGGCGCCGUCUUCGGGCGGUGGCGCGAAGCGGGGGAGCGUGGUUGGCGCCGCCGCGCUCGUGGUCGGGACCAGCAUCGGCUCCGGCAUCCUCGCCGUGCCACAGCGCACGGCGCCCGCGGGGUUCGUUCCGAGCGCGGCGUGCAUGGUCACCUGCUGGGCGUUCCUGGUGAUCGAGGCGCUCCUCCUGGUCGAGAUCAACGUCCACCUGCGGCGGAAGAAGGGGAAGGACGCCGGCGGCGACGGCGAUGGCGGCGGCGGCGGGCAGCUGGAGGUCAUAUCGCUGAAGAGCAUGGCGCAGGAGACCCUGGGCGAGUGGGGAGGGAACCUGGCCGCCGCGGCCUACCUGUUCCUGUCCUACACCUCCAUGGUCGCCUACACGUCCAAGUCUGGCGAGGUGCUCUCCAGCGUGGUCGCCGGCGUUCCCGAGCCCGUCUCCGGCUGCGCCUUCACCGCCGCCCUUGCGCUCCUCAUCGCCGCCGGUGGCACGGGCGUCACCGACAAAGUGAACCAGCUGCUCACUUUCGUCAUGAUAGGAUUACUGCUGACGAUCGAGGUGUCUGCAGUAGCAUUCGGUGCCGGCCUGACCCUGCCAGCUAACACCAACUGGGAGCAGGUCCCUGCAACGCUUCCGGUGAUCAUCUUCACGCUGGUCUUCCAUGAUAUCGCACCAGUGAUAUGCGCGUACCUUGGAGGGGACCUCGUGAGGAUUCGGCUCUCGAUACUCGUCGGGAGCAUCGUGCCAUUGCUGUCCUUGCUCGUGUGGGACGACAUCGCGCUCAGCAUCUCCACGGAUCUUGAUGGGUUUGACAUCCUGGAUAUGCUUAAUACAGAAUGGAGUUAUACUGUUGUGGAGACGUUCUCACUCCUUGCUGUCGGGACGUCGCUGAUCGGAACACUGCUGGGAGCUUCACAGUUCUUCAUUGAGCAGAUGACCAAUCUUGUCUCUUCUUCAGCCCAAGGACAUGAAGAAGAAGCAUUAAGGCAUCGUGGAGCGAAAACGGCUGUGGACAACAACAGGCUCAGCUACAUCGCUGCAGGGGCUGUGGUUGCCCCAACCGUGCUAAUUGCAGCUACCGUUCCGAAUUCAUUCUCCAUUGCUACUGACAUUGCAGGCGGUUACUGCAUGACCAUCUUGUAUGGCGUUCUUCCUCCAUUGAUGGCGUGGGCUAUCGCCUCCAGGAUGUCAGAUUCGAGAGCUGGAUCUGUCGAAGCGGAAUCAUCUGUCGCCGGUGGCAGUGGCAAUGUGGACUUGACUAGUGCAAAGCCAGUUUUAGUAGGGAUGGGGGUGUUCUCUGUGCUCAUGGUCUUUGAGCAAAUGUCCCAAGAUUUCGUUAGUUUUCAGUCCUAUCUCCUUGCAUGGACAGGCUAGAUUGCAGUAUAGAAAGAAGUAGCUGCUAGCAAGUGUACACGAACUAAUGAUUCAGAGAAUAAUCGUUAGGUUUAAACAUGUAAUUUGUCAGUGUAGCUUGCAUAUCUCCUGAAAAAUUAGUAUAGAUUGUACAUACGAUUGUACGUAUGUAAAUAAAUCGCUUUUGUUCGCUAUUGAGUUGUAAAUAGCAA